AUGACUGCUGUUUUAGAUUUCGACAGCAUUGGUAAUGCAUACUACGAGCUCACAGGUGGCCAGCGUUCCAUGGACUGGAUCCUUUUGGGCUAUAUUAACGGUACUCAUAACGUUAUUGGACUUCUCGCAAAAGGUGAUGGCGGAAUUAUGCAAUUAAAGCGAAAUCUGACAGAAGACAUUGUUGCUUUUGGAUAUCUUAAAAUCAUCGAUGAAACUAAAGACAACGCUCAAUUCAAUCCAGACUAUAUUCAUAUGACAUUCAUUGGAUCGAGAGUAAAACCACAACAACGCGCACGUGCUGUCAUUCACAGAUUAGACAUACACCAAGAAUUUCCCAACUUUUUGUUGGAAUUAGAGUGCAAUUGCUUAGAUGACGUUACUGAAGAAAGAUUGAUGCAAGAAAUGAGUAACAUGAAACAACUCUUAGAGGAUUAA